GAUAAGAUUAUGUUGGCCAAGGCACAGAUCAACACCACAUUAACUCCAGUUAAUGUGGGUGUGAUUCUGGACAUGGAUUCGUGGUAUGGGAAGAUGGGGUUCAGUUGCAUCCAGAUGGCUCUUUCCGACUUCUAUGCCUCUAAUAGUCACUAUAAAACCAGGCUGGUUCUUCAUGUCAGAGACUCCAAAAGGGAUGUUGUUGAAGCAGCUGUUGCAGCCCAAAACCUGAUUAAAAAUACGGAAGUGCAAGCCAUCAUAGGGCCACAAAACUCGAUGCAAGCCAACUUCGUCAUCAGUCUUGGACAGAAAGCUCAGGUGCCCAUUAUAUCAUUCUCAGCAACAAGCCCUUCUCUUACUUCGCUUAGGAGUGAGUACUUUUUUCGAGCCGCUCAAAAUGACUCAGCUCAAGUGAAAGCAAUAAGUGCAGUUGUUAAAGCCUUUGGAUGGAAACAAGCCGUGCCCAUCUACGUAGACAAUGAGUAUGGGGAAGGUAUAAUACCCUUCUUGAUUGAUGCCUUGCAAGAUGUUGAUGCCCGUGUUCCCUAUCGAAGUGUCAUUGCUCCAUUGGCCACGGAUGACGAAAUUGGUCAAGAACUUUACAAGUUGAUGACAAUGCAAACUAGAGUCUUCAUUGUGCAUAUGUCACAGAUCAGUCUCAGUUCUCGGCUUUUUAGCAAGGCAAAAGAGAUCGGAAUGAUGAGUGAAGGUUAUGUUUGGAUCAUUACCAAUGGGAUUGCCAAUCCCAUAAGUUCGAUAGAACCUUCAAUCCUUGAUUCCAUGCAAGGAGUAUUGGGUGUAAAGACUUACAUUCCCAAGACAAAAGAACUUGAAAAUUUUGCAGUUCGAUGGAAAAGGACAUUCCAACAAGAAAAUCCCAAUAUUACCAAUGUUGACUUGAAUGUCUUUGGCCUAUGGGCUUAUGAUGCUGCUUCAGCACUAGCCACAGCAGUUGAGAAGGUUGGGGGUGAAAAUCUUGGUUCUGAACAGAUCAUGAAUGCUUCAAGCAACUUAAUUUCCCAAAAUGGUCCAAAACUUCGUGAAGUGCUGUUGGAAGCCAGAUUUAGAGGCAUUGCUGGGGAGUUCAGCCUUCCUAAUGGGCAACUGAGAUCAUCAACUUUUCAGAUAAUCAAUUUGAAUGAUAAUGGAGAAAGAGUAAUUGCAUUCUGGACUCCAGAAAAUGGACUUGGAAGGAAGUUGAAUUCAACGAACACAGUCGAAUAUUCCACUUCGAUGAAUGAUCUAGGACCCAUUAUAUGGCCAGGUGAUCAAACCUCUGUCCCAAAAGGUUGGGAAAUUCCAACGAAUGGAAAGAAGAUGAGAAUAGGAGUUCCAGUGAGUUCCACUGAAUAUGUUAAUUUUGCACAUGAUCCUAGCACUAAUACAACGCAUGUCACUGGGUAUUGUAUAGAUAUAUUCAACGCUGUAAUGGAAUCGUUGCCAUAUACUGUUCGCUAUGAGUUUAUUCCUUUUGCAAAGCCUGAUGGUCGAAUUGCUGGUACUUACAAUGAUUUGUUCGAUGCUGUGGUUGGAGAUACAACAAUCAUAGCAAACAGAUCCAAGUAUGUGGAUUUUACAUUGCCCUACACAGAAUCCGGAGUAUCAAUGAUAGUGCCACUCCGAGACAGCAGAAGGAGAAAUGCAUGGAUAUUCUUGAAGCCUUUGAGCUGGGACCUUUGGAUCACGAGCUUUUGUUUCUUUGUUUUCAUUGGCUUCGUGGUGUGGCUUCUUGAACACCGAGUAAGCGACGAUUUCCGUGGGCCUCCUUCACAUCAGAUCGGGACAAGCUUAUGGUAUGCCUUCUCCACCAUGGUUUUCGCACAGCGGGAGAUAGUGAUAAGUAAUUGUACUAGGUUUGUGGUGAUCAUAUGGGUUUUUGUGGUGCUCAUACUUACUCAAAGCUAUACUGCAAGUUUGGCGUCCCUCUUAACAGUUCAACAGCUGCAGCCAACAGUUACUGAUGUUAACAAGCUUAUUAAGAAUGGGGAGAAGGUUGGCUAUCAUAGAGAUUCUUUUGUUUCUGGAAUCUUAAAAGAAAUGAAGUUUAAGGAAUCUCAACUCAAGGAAUAUGAGUCCAAUGAAAGAUGUGAUGAGCUUUUGUCUAAAGGAAGUGCAAAUGGUGGUAUAGCUGCUGCUUUUGAUGAAACCCCUUACAUGAAGCUAUUUCUAAGACAAUAUUGCUCCAAAUACACCAUGGCUGCAUCAAUAUACAAAACAGACGGAUUUGGCUUUGUAUUCCCAAUAGGUUCCCCUCUCGUAACCGAUAUUUCAAGAGCAAUUUUAAAGGUGACCGAAGGAGAGAAAAUGAAAGAGAUUGAAAGUGCAUGGCUACAGAAACAAACCAAUUGUCCAGACUCCUCCAACACCCAAGUUUCUUCUGACAGUCUCAGCCUCGCUAACUUUUGGGGCCUAUUUCUCAUUGCUGGUGUUGCUUCCUUAUCAGCUCUCAUCUUCUCCAUAUCUAUGUUCCUUUACAAGGAGAGGCAACACAUCUUCAUACCUUUCGAUCCAGAUCAAGGCUCUAUAUGGAGUAGAUUAUGUCAUAUUUUGAUGAUUUUCGAUGGAAAAGACUUAAGCUCGCAUACGUUUAGAAGGAAAGCACUGCAAGACCAAAGAAGCAUUGACAGUGCUCAUUGUGCAGGUGCAAGUGAAGCCUCAACAAACAUUAAAUGCUUUGCAUGUACAUCAAGCUAUUCAGCACAGACAGACAACCACCCAGCUAUUUUCCUGGAAAGCCCAGAAACACCAGCUUCUAGAGAAUAUGGUGAUCCUAGUACAAUGAAUUGUCAAUUAUCUCAAUUAGCAACAUCUAUUGAGCUAGUUGGGUACCCAAAUCAAGAGAGAAAAAACCCCAUAGAAAUAGAUCUUAAAAACAGUUGAAAAUAGAUGCAUUUCCUAGUCUUAUCAUAGUUAACCAUUAUACCACUUUUGUAUAGGGCUCGUGUUCUUUGUCUAUAUCAUAGUGGUGGAGAA